GUUGUCGGCCAAGCCAAACAGACGCACAGGAAACAUGAAAAUUGUAUUCACAAUUUUGCUGAUUACCCAAUUGCUGAGCCUAGAGCAGGCGGAGACAUCCCGUAGUCUGGAGAGUUUGGCGGACUAUUUGGAGCAUCAUGAUUUGGCUGGAGCGGGCAAUACGAAGCAAUGUUUUGCCAGAUAUUUGCCGGAGCUGGAGCAGGUAGGCCUUACCUGGUCGAAGGCAUACGCUGACUGCCAACAGCAGGCGAAAAGUGGGCGUGACACCGUAUUCAGCCAGGUGGGUGGCAUGCAGCAGCAGAUACGGCAGGCAGCAUUGCGCAUAGAUGGCUACAUAGGCAGCUGCCUGAACAUCACCAAUGUGCUGGACUACUUCGAUUGCUUUGCCAAGCUGUCCAAGCAGCAGCUCAUGACGAUGUACAACAUCUCGUUUAAUGCGUCGGAAAAUGCGCUGGCUCUUACCAAACAGCUGAAUGGCAUCGACGAGGAGCGUUAUCUCUGCACGAAUCGCACCGAACGCAGCUAUGUCCUGGACACAGCAAAGUUAUUCGAUGCACUGGACAAAUGCCUGCAGGAUGCUGCGAAGGUGGCCUAGGCCAUAGGCAAAA